AUGGCGAUUAACGUACCGUGGGUGACUCUGAGAGGCUGCGACAAGCCGAUGCCGGUGAUCGGAUUAGGAACCUCGUCGUAUCCUCCGGCGGAUCACGCGACGACCAAGGCAGCCAUACUCGAAGCCAUCAAGCUCGGCUACCGCCACUUCGACACCGCCUUCGCCUACGGCUCCGAGCGAGCCGUUGGCGCAGCCAUCGCCGAAGCCCUCCGCCUCGGCCUCGUCGCGUCCCGCCACGAACUCUUCGUCACCACCAAGCUCUGGGCGACCUUCGCCGAUCCUGGGCAGAUCGUCGCCGCCUGCAAAAUGAGCCUACAGAACUUGGGAUUGGAAUACGUGGAUAUGUACCUGAUACACUUGCCGGUGCGGCUGACGGAGCAGAUCCGCGCAGUUCCGGUGGCGGCGGAAGUGGUAAAAAGUUUGGAUGUGGAGGGGGCGUGGGGGGCCAUGGAAGAGUGCAAGAAGCUAGGGCUUACGAGAGGCAUAGGCGUCAGCAAUUUCUCCAGUAAAAUGAUCGAGCAUCUCGUCGCCAUCGCCACAAUUCCUCCAGCUCUAAAUCAAGUGGAGAUGAACACGGGAUGGCAGCAGAAGCAGCUGAGGGACACGUGCGAAGCGAAGGGUGUGCACGUGACGGCGUACUCUCCGCUGGGCGCCAACAAUACCAAAUGGGGAGACGCCAGGAUUCUCCGCAGCCAGCUGCUGGCCGCCAUUGCCCAAGCUAAGGGAAGAACCCCUGCGCAGGUGGGUCUGCGAUGGAUCUACGAGCAGAAGGUGAGCAUGGUGGUGAAGAGCUUCAACGGGGAGAGGAUGAAGGAGAAUCUCGGAAUAUUCGAUUGGUGUCUGGACGGCGGCGAUUUGGAGAAGAUAAGGUUGCAGAUUCCGCAGCGGAAAGCCGUCACUUUGGCCUCCAUUUUCGGACCUCAUCCCCUCAUUUUGGAGCUCGACAGGGAAUUAACUAAUUAAUUAACAGCACCACCACACCACACCCUUUCAUUUCUAAUACUAGCAUAUACGAGGCAGAUUGUAUUGUAUUAAUAUAUACCAAAAAGCCGUCGUCUUCUUACAUUGUACUUACUUUUUUUUUUUUAUUAGUAUAUUUUUUUUUAUGUUAGG